UUUAUGAAGUUACCAACUACCACCAUUUUCUCUCGUACGAUAACAUUGUGGAAUUCUUUAAGGGUAUUGUAUCAAGAGACCCCGUUAUAAUCAAAAGGAGUUUACUAAAACCAAGAAUUUGAAGGUAAUCGUUCUUACAACCCUGUCUUUGUCGUAGGAUAACCGUUUCCGCCGUUCGGACCCAUUUCAGUUGUCGUUAGUAUAGAUUGAUUACAUAAACGAAGUUUUUCUUACUUUAUUUGAUCUGUAUUAAGAGAAAUCUAAAAAGUGAAAACGACGACAGCUAUACUUUUUUUGUUGAAUUCCAUUUCUAAUAAUUUUCUGUUUCUUUUCUCUCCCGCUUUCUAAGAUGAAACUCUUUGGUGCUAUUUGCUUACUUUCUUGUUUCCCGUAUUUAAUUUCGGCUAGCUCUUGGUUCUCAACAUCGAAAGUCAACCCCAUCGAUGAGGAUUUGACGAUUCAGAGUGGUAAGAUCCCAGGGGCUAAUCCCGCCAGUUACUGCUCUGACUGGAAUCGUGAUGAUGAUCAUGUCAAUAUUGAUUACAUCAAUCUCAUUCCAAACCCUCCGCGAGCCGGCAAGAAUCUUACAAUUGAAGGCCAAGUAGACGUUGGUACGACGGUCCUUAAUGGAAGCUAUGUCGAUAUUGUUGUCAAAUAUGGUUUUGUCCCUAUCGUGAGAGAGACCUUGGAUAUCUGCGAACAAGCAUACGACUUAGCUGGUGUCGAGUGUCCAGUAGAAGCUGGUGUCAUAAAAAAACAAGCUACUAUCCCCUUACCAUGGGCCAUUCCUCCAGGACGCUAUAAUGUUGUCGCCAAGGCUUUUAAUGCCAAUGAUGAACAGCUUACGUGUGUUACAGCUACCGUCUCCUUUAGUCAUUUUGGCUUUCAGUUAGUUGAUCAGGAUUAAUCGCACUAUGCUUCUAUGAGUUGUUCUUAAGUUAUCAACACCCUCUCGGGCUUUAUGAUUCUUAAUGCUCUAAUGUAUCGUUCGUCUUUAUGUUUGUUUUCCAUUUAUUGGUUAUAUAUAUACUUGUGAAUGUUUGCACACAAAUGUUCUAACACUUUUUUCAGUAUUUAAUUUUAAUUGUCACCUCACUUGUUAUGAUUCGUGAUUUCUUGUAGUUUACGUGUCCAGAUUAUGAAACGCUUGGUGAACGAUCUAAUUUAUUUUUCGUUCCAUUUUCUCAAAAAGCUCUAUUUUUUAUUAAUCAGCGAAAGAUAAUGCAAUAUCACCAAAAUUUUAUUAAACGAGACCUCUGUUUUUAGAAAAAUAAAUAAUUUUCACUUUCCCAAA